AUGGCUGAGCCGGUACUCCAUGAACACAUUCAGAAUGCCCUACGGGGUCAGGAGGAAGCGGUUGAGAGUUUCAUGGCACCCCUUCGCGAGUCAAUCGCUACGUUCCAAUAUCUGCGAUCCGAUGCUGUUGUGGAUCGCAUUGACGCCAUUGCUUCGGGCGUUUACCGGGAUAUCCCUUCUACAUGA